AUGUCGUUGAUGACACGCUUAGCGGAAACAGCAGCUUUUGGAAUUCAAUCUAAAAAAAAGUCCUUUCUGUGGCCACUGGACUCACUCGGAAUUGUUUCUUCCUCUUUUCUCAAAAGAAAGCCAAUCGGCGGUUCGGAUCAUCAUCAUCAUUGCUACUACAAGAAAAAUCCAUCAUUAUUAUUCACCUCAAACUCUUCCUCUCUUUUUCAUAUUCCAUAUUACCAACAACAACAACGAUUUUUCAGCCAUCAUUCCAUCAUCAACAUGGUUCAAUUGAACGUUCAAUCCAUUCUUCAAGAUGAGAAAUUAAAACACUAUGUGUGUCCCGAGAAAAUUCCUGUAACACGAUUGGAGCUUGAAGAGGCUUGGAAUGCUCUCAGUGAUGAUCAAAAAUUGUAUGCCCAUUACUUUUCACGAGCAGCCAUCGCUGGAACACCCAUUGUUUUGCAUCAAGUCUCGGAGGAGAGUCCUCAAAUUUAUCAAUUACUUUGUUUGUUGUUUAAAGGAGGAGCUGAAGCGAAUGGCUUGAAAGAAAAGGCUUUAAAAGCUGGAGUCUCUGAACAUGAUUAUGAAGCUGUUAUUAAUUAUGCAGUCUCAUUCUUUGGAAAUAUGGGUAAUUAUUUGAGUUUUGGAGAUUGUAAAUUCAUUCCAAGAUGUGAACCUGAGGAGUUUGAAAAGGUGGUAAAGGCAAGUGGAAAUCAACAAGCCAUUGAUCUUUUUGAAAAGAUCAGAAACGCCAUGUACAGUCUGGAGAGCAAUGUAUUAGAGUUGGGUUUUGGUAACUCUACCUACUAUUCGAGAGAUGUGACAGAACAGGAGGCUGAGUUGGUCAAGACCUUCAUGGAACAACAACAAAUUCAUAUUGAACAUACAAGAUUAUUCAAGACUGGUGACAAGAAAUUCGAGCUCAAGACUGCAAGUGCGACAGUCAAGGAACUCACCACUCACACUUUCCAAGAUCUUACGAUUACUAUUACAUAUGGUGAUUUUAGCAAACAGUUGGCAAAUAUUCGUGACAACUUGGGGAAGGCUUUGCCAUUUGCUGCCAACGAGCACCAAAAAGAAAUGUUGAGAAAAUACAUUCAAUUCUUUGACUCGGGUAAUGGUCAAGAUUUCUUAGAUUCUCAAAUCUCAUGGGUUAAAGACAAAGGUCCCAUCAUAGAGACAAAUAUUGGAUUUAUUGAAUCGUACAGAGAUCCUUUGAGAGUGAGAGCAGAAUUUGAAGGAUUCGUAGCAGUUGUGAACAAGGUGGCAAGUCAAAAGGCUCAAACUAUUGUAGAUAAUGCUGAAAAAUUUAUUGCUCGAUUACCUUGGAAUGAAGACACAACUAAUGGUGACAGAAAGCCAUUCGAGGCCGCCAAAUUUACCAAACCUGAUUUUACAAGCCUCGAAGUUAUUACAUUCACAAGCUCUGGAUUACCGGCUGGCAUUAACAUCCCAAACUCCUUCAACAUUCGAGAUCAACACGGUUUCAAGAACGUUUCAUUGGGAAAUGUGUUGGGUGCUCCUGUUGCUUCUGGUGAAGAAAUUACAUUCUUGAGCGAGGAAGAUAAGAAAUUGUACACGGAAUACAAGGGAAAAGCAUUCGAAGUCCAAGUCAUUCUUCAUGAACUUUUGGGACACGGAAGCGGCUCUCUAUUGAAAGAAUCUGAUAUUGCCAAUGUCAUUAAUCCAAUCACCAAACAACCUGUGACCACAUUCUACAAACCAGGAGAAAAUUUCAACUCAGUCAUUGGUGAAAUUAGUAAUGCCUAUGAAGAAUGCAGAGCAGAAUGUGUUGGAAUUUAUUUGUGCUUGGAUCGUGAAAUUCUCAAGAUUUGUGGCUUUGAGGGAGAAGAGGCUGAUAAAAUCAUUUAUGUCAAUUGGUUGAAUAUGGUCAGAGCAGGAUUAAUGGGUUUACAAUUUUAUAAUCCUGAUACAGGUGCCUGGCUCCAAGCUCACAUGCGUGCUCGUUACUCAAUUCUUAGAGUUCUUCUCGAAGCUGGAAAUGGUCUAAUUGAAAUUAAGCAAUUAGAUAAUGAUUUACAACUAUCUUUAGACAAGACCAAGAUUGAAACAGUCGGAAAGAAGGCCAUUUACGAUUAUCUUUUGAAGAUUAAUGUCUACAAGUCCAUUGGUGACAAAAAUGCAGCCAUGGAACUUUUCCAAAAAUACACUUCUGUACCUGAAGAGUUUGUCAAAAUGAGAAAGAUUGUAUUGGAUAAGAAACAACCAAGAAAAGUCUUUAUUCAACCUCACACCACUCUCUCAGAGGAUGGAAAGACAGUCCAAUUGGUGAAUUAUCCAAUUUCAAGUAGUAGCAUGAUUGAUGCUUUUGUAGCUCAGUCCAAAUUUGUUGUUCAAUAA